GCAGCAGCAGGCGGGAAUUUCUCCAUCAGGUCUAAACAGUAGAAGCGCAGCGCGUGCAGAAGCAGCAGUUUACUAACCAGCGCGCAGCUGGAGUUUCUUCUGAAUCACGAGUGGAAACGUCUCAUAGAAGAAAGAUGGCGUUGAAACUAAUGGACCCAAACUCCACUCUAUCAUCUCCAUUCUUCUCCCCUGUGGAGAACGGCCACAACGUUUCAGUGAACCAUACCUCCUCUCGUCCAUAUCCUUAUCCAGACGUCACCUACGUGGACUUCUAUCUGCAUGAGCCCUUGGUGUCCGCUAUCUUCAUAGUAUCCUACCUCCUCAUCUUUAUUGUGUGCAUGGUGGGAAAUGGAGUGGUGUGCUUCAUUGUUCUAAGGAGCAAGAACAUGCGUACGGUCACCAAUCUCUUCAUUCUCAACCUUGCUAUCAGUGACCUGUUGGUUGGCAUCUUCUGCAUGCCUACAACAUUGGUGGACAAUAUCAUCACAGGCUGGCCUUUUGGCAGUUUGGUGUGUAAGUUGAGCGGGAUGGUGCAGGGAAUAUCUGUAUCUGCCUCUGUCUUCACACUAGUGGCCAUCGCUGUUGACAGAUUCCGCUGCAUUGUCUAUCCCUUCAAACAGAAGCUCAAUAUCUCCACCUCCACCCUCAUCAUCAUCAUCAUCUGGGUUCUGGCCAUCUCCAUCAUGUGUCCGUCUGGUGUCAUGCUACAGGUCACCAAAGAGCACAGAGUCUCUAUCUUGCUAAGCGAUGGCAACAGCACACAACCCUUCUACUGGUGCCGUGAGAACUGGCCAAACCAGGAGAUGCGCAAGAUUUACACCACAGUACUCUUCGCUAACAUUUAUUUGGCACCUCUGACCCUAAUUGUCAUCAUGUACGCCCGGAUUGGAAUCACGCUCUUCAAAACAUCCAUGCCUGUCCCUGUGAGCCAAGUUGGGACUUCAGGCUCCGGUUGUAGCGUUGGGAAAAACAGCAGAUAUGAAAGUCGUCAGCUGGUGUCCCGGAAAAAGAAGCGGGUCAUUAAAAUGUUGCUAGUGGUGGCCCUGCUCUUCAUCUUGUCCUGGUUGCCGUUGUGGGCACUCAUGAUGCUGAGUGACUACGCAAGCCUGAGUGAGCGUCAGCAUCGUAUUAUUAACAUCUAUUUUUAUCCUCUGGCCCACUGGCUGGCGUUCUGUAACAGUAGCGUUAAUCCCAUAGUCUAUGGGUUUUUCAAUGAGAACUUUCGCAAAGGUUUCAAGGCAGCCUUUAAGCUUCAGCUCUGCUCAGCCCAUUCGGGGAUGAGAAGGAGCUACUCUCACCGUCUGCAGGGGAAUGCUGUAUUACCUGCCAACUUGCCCCUGACCAAGGAGUCUGCACUCGAGGCUGGAGGUCCGAGACCAGGACAGGUGCUCAUCCAAGAGCUGGUGUCGGUGGGCAGUGGGAGGGGUCUGGGUGACAGAAGCCAGUCUUCAGGCAAGGAAAACGCGAAAGAACAGGAUCUGAUCAUGGAAGAUCUGGAGAAGGUAAUGUACGAUCUAUAGGUGCUUAGUGAUUUCAUGGAACCCAGUCAAAGAUACUGUGCGCUCAGAUGAUUCGAUGCUCAUGAAAGGCUGAUUUUUCCCUUCUCGUUGAGUGUUUUUCUUCUGGGAGGACACCUUGAGUUCAUCUUUCAUCUCUUUUCAUCUAGGCAAAGAUGAAAUUUCAAAUGUUAUGACAAUAAUUGUGCCAGACAGGCAGACUGAGCUGGAGGGGUUAAAAUUCAGACAUGGUGUGUGACAAACACAAAGAAGGCCAUUUUGUGGACUUAGCUUUGACCUAAUAAGAUGAGAAAUGAAAUGACAUCUCACUGGCUGCCAAAUUAUGCCCAGUGUGAUUUCAUGGCUGUAUUAGCUGAUUGCAUUCACCCUGUUUGACCUGAGGAAAGCAUCCUGAAGGAAAGCACCCUGAGGUUUGUCGAAAAUUGCAAGGCCACAAGGCAACAACAUGGAUUUUUCCAUGACUUUAAGCCUCAUCUGAAUGAAGUGCCUGAACAGGGGAAAUCAGAGAGUGCUUUCUAUUGCAUCUCCUCUCUAUCUGGUAAAAUGACUGCAUUUUUUUCAAGUGGUCUGUUCAGUUUCUCCUGUUGUACAAUGAUUACCAUUUUUCAAAUCUUUCACUAACCAACACUGAAUGAAUGUCAGCAGCAAAACUUGCUGGUUUACAGGGUGAAUGUAGGUCUUCAUCUCUGCCUAUUUAAAUGAGGAGCAUCAUGACUAUGAAUCUAUAUUAGCAUAAAAUAGCUCACUGUAACAGGAAGGGCAUUUUGCCAGGGAUUUUCAGAAACACUCAACAGUCUGUGCUCUGACAUGGGGGACAGUGCCUGAGGACCUUUUCAGACUCUUGAAUUCAUUGUAAAUGGGCUGCUGAACAGAAGAGCUGUGCCUUAAAAAGAGGGCAUUAGCGGUCAGUAACAAUGAGAACUUGAACGUCUCCUAUGGAAUGAGUUGAGAAACAAAUCCACAAGGAAAAUGGCAAAUGUCCAGAUUGUCUCUGGUCUUUGCAUCUGACAUUUAUGCAUCUCACAGUUUCUCUUUUGGCCCUACUAUGAACAAGAUUUCACGCUUUUAUUUGUGUAGAAAAAGAAAAAGCUUACUUUACAAUGAUGUAUUGUUGUCUGUGUAAAUCUGGCAGGUGUUCAAUUCUAAAGUGAUAUACUUGAUGUACACAA